AUGAUCACCCUGGAAACAAGGAAUGUCAUUCAGCUGGGAGCCGGGAUGUUCUUUGUCUUUUUCGCCUUCACAACGCAGGUUUUUGAACCUUUUUUCUAGAUUCUUCAUAAAAAGUUCUGCAGGGGUUCAUAGUUCAAACAGUACUGGAGAAUCGGCACAAAGAAGACCCGAGCAUUCCUAAAGAAGCUGGAUAUUAUAGGUAAUUUCCGAACUGUAAAUCGAAAAUGCUCUCUGUGGUAAAUGCUCUUGGAAACAUUAUGAGCCGCAAAAGUUGCUCAUUUCCUAACUGAAACUGAAGGAAAGCUUCUCUGUCGUAGUGCUGAGUUUUCUGAGUUUUCUGAGUUUCCUCUGAAAACUUGAAGUAGCUUUGAUGAAUAAAGUAUAAAAUUUUAUUUUCAGUCAAACUAUCAUCUAUGGAACUUUCAUUUUUUCUUGCAUCAUUUCUCCAGUUGUUGUGGCCUAUUUGACUCCGAAAUGGAGUUUAGUGUUGGGAAGUUCAGGUUCUCAUGGAGUGGAUUCGAGAACAAAUCAACAACUUUACAGGUUACACAAUCUACAUGGCGGGGUUCACAUUUCUAAAUCCGUAUUUUCUGUUCAUCUCAGCUGCGUGGGAAGGAUUGUGGGCCGGAGGUUCGACUGGCGACCUUUGUUACACCUGAAUGUUUACAGCACUGUGGACCGGCAUGGGCCAAUAUCUGGCCAUCAAUUCAACCGAAAAAACGCUGGCGCGCAACAGCGGGCUCGUCUGGCUUAUCUACUCCUCUAGGUUUGAGAGAAAUGAAAAAUGGGAGCCCGGAAUUGAGGGAAAAUUGAACAUGUUGAAAUGAUUCGUCAACUUGAAAAAUGACACCAAUGCUUCUGUCUACUCGCUGUUUCAAGUUCAUUUAUAACGUUUGAAUCCUUGAAGCUUCCUUAUGCGCUAAAGAUGGCCUUCAUUUUUCAUUUUUGUAUGAAAUUUUUUCAAAUUCACACAAAUUUAAUAAUCAGUUAAAAAGUCUUAGUCGCAGUCUUAGGGAGUCCUAUGUUUGAGGGCAAUACAAACUUUGAAGAUCAAUAAUUACUAAAUCUUGAAAAGCUGCAAAUUCUACCAAAGUUCGCUAGAUCUCAGAUCAUCUAAUUUAUAUUUUGAGCGGUAGAGGGCAAGCAAUUGUCGUCUUAAAAAAUCAUCCAUCUCCACGGAGCACAUGUCUAGUGGCUUGAAAAUCUCUCAGUAAAAAAUGGUAAAUGAGUCACAAAAGAGCAGAGCAUGUGUUCGCCAGAUCAUUACUUCAAGUCCCGCGAAUUUUUGAUCUUUAGUCAUUGAUAAAUUGCAAUAAACAUCCUUUAAAAUUCGCAGAAAUCAGAUUUGAAGCCUCUGAAAACAUAUCAACUAGAAUUCGAAAAUUUCUUGUAUAAAGCGUUUUUUUCUUCCAACUUUAAAACAUGAUACGAGCGCUACAUCAGAACUCCUCUGAGAUGGUUUUAAUCUAUAAAAACGUUGAUUGACAGUUUUCUGGUGGGCGGCGUGUUUCUUCUGGUCAUGUUCAAAAACUACAACACCGACACUAUUGACAUGGAGAUGACAAGAAUUCUUUACGGAACUUUUGCCGGCGUUUCUUUGGCAGGAAAUGUCCGUCUAGGACUAUGAAGACACAAGGAAAAUCAACUUUUUUUCAGAUUUGCUUUGCUUUGCUACCAAACAUGAAAAAAGAAAAGGAAGAAAGCAUUUCGGUGUAUUGGAACGAGUUCAGUGAGAUUUUUCCAUUCUUGAUGAAUUAUCAUAUGAAUUAGUUUAUGAGAAUGAAUGCCUUGGAAUUAAAAUAAUUAAUGGUCAGCUACGCGAAGAAGUUGGCUACUAAUUACUGCAAAACCAAGAUGGAGAAUCAAAACUUUUCCCACAAAGAUUUUUCUAAUGCCGAAAACAAAUUUGAUAACUUUUCUAGGGCAGGAGUGAUUGAUGUUCAACAUUAUUCAGACUUCACAUAUUCAUUUUUAACGUCAAAAAAAGGAAAAAAAUAUAAAUAUUAAUUAUAAAGUAAGAUUUGCUGAAAUAACAGAGGAUCUUUUUACCAAAACUCAACCAACUAUUGAAAAUUACGCAAUGUAAAAAAAAUUUACACAAAAAAAUUUUCAGGAGAGGCAAUUUUUCUCUUGAUUGAGCCUCAAACAAUUUUGUUAAUUGCAACGUUUGCUUAUUCUGGGAUCGAGUUAUCAUAUUGGUCCGGUGUCUACUCAAAUUCCCUUUCUAACACUAAAACGUAAGCUUUGUGGAAAUGAGAUGAUUGGAAACUGAGGUUAGAUGUUAAGUUUUCCGGUGAACACGAAUAUUUUAAUGGCGCUCAAUCAAAUGGCCGUGGGAUGCGGAGAGAUCGCCGGUUUUUUUGUGAAAAUAUCUCAACAUCCAUUUAAAUUAUUUAGGUGGAUUAUCAAUUGGAGUUCUGGGAUCGAUGAAAAAUUCAACGCGUCGUUUUUGGAUAAUAUACGUCGGAGCUACUGGUUGUAUUAUUGCCUACUUCAUCUCUUUCAUGAUGCUGCCUGGGAAAUCAUCGUUUGAAGAAACUGAUGAACUAUCAUACAUAUUCCCGAAGUAAGAAUCCGAGUUCAAUCAAACAAAAGUAAAACCAUUGUUUUAGUGAGUACUUGGCCCUUUUUGGAGGCUUUCUGCUGGGACUCGGGGAUUGCUGUCUGAACACUCAAAUAUAUUCCAUCGUUCCAGCCUUGUUUCCAAACAAAACUACACAAGCUUUUGCCGUCCACAAGUUCUUCCAUGUUAACCAAACGGAAAGUCCUAUCUUCAUUUCAAAAUAUUCAGGCAACACUUUCGACGAUCUGCAUGUUCUACGGAAGCGUGCUGGUGCUUCCCUGGCAACUGCUCAUCCUCCUCAUCUUCUGCCUUUUAAGUUGCGCCACCUUCACUGUUGCCGAAAUCAAGUAUUCCCCCAAAAACCAAAAACUGAAAUCGGAUACAGAAACAGAAAAAUCUCAUCUUUGA